AUGCAUACACAGUUCGCCUGGGUCAUAAUUCCCAUAGCUGGCAAUCCUUCCUCAGAUCUGCUCGUCCGCUUUACGAAAGACGGGGAUGGAGACCUGAGGACAGGCACAAGGCAAUCUUCCCCCGGCAUCACCACCUCGCACCAUGCCGCCAAGCUUUUUGUGCCCUGCAAAGCCUGGAGCUUGUGUGGUGUGGGAUGGACUGCUGUCAUGCACAACCUUGCAGAUCUGCCAACUACCGAUGGCGCCCGAUGCACCUUCGGCCCACCAUCAACAGCGCCAACGAAUGCCGGGGAUGCCGUUCUCGGAUCCAUGAUCAGCAGUCACUUCCCCAAGUUCACCAACUAUCAUAGAGAUGGCCGACAUCGUCACAUUUCUCGUCGCGUUUUGCAGUCUACUCCUUCACAUCGGCGUGCACGUAGCCCCCGGGCCACUCCCAAAUGCGACAUCGCCGGAGCACGUGAAGCGCUGCGGUGCGUGAUCAGGGUUCAAGGAUUCAGGCGCUAUCUGGCGUCCGUCGUUCCCACGUAG